CGCUGGUGUACAAAACAUCGCGCCCAAAAUUAAGAUUGAUUUGAGCACCAACAUCUCCGCACAAAUCUCUGACUUAGUUAUUUUAUAUAUUAAAUUGCGGUGUUUUAUUUUUAUUUUUAUUUUCCUCUUAUGUUUCGAUGGGAGCCACCGUUAUCCUUCAACGGGCGUUUUCCUCAUCGCUAAGUUUUACUACCUUUUGUUAGCGUAGCCUGCUGUUAACCUUGGCUCCAAGCGUAUACCAGACGUUAGCUUGCUGCUAACUUUAGCGCUGAUAAAUCACUCAAAGAAAGUAGUUCCUUUCUUCGUCUAUCACUCUGUAUUAGUUUCAUCCGCAAUGGAGGACGAAGCCUUCUCUAAUAUAAGCGGCAAAGCGAUAUCCCUGGAUUGUCAGACUCACUCCAGCUUUUGCAGGGAGUUCACCGUUAGCUCCCCCAAGAUGUCCAUCGGUAAAGUGAUGGUGUACACUUGUUCUGUGUGGCUCUUAGCUUAUGCUGUGUUCUUCUUCACAGAGAACACCGCAGUUCUCUCCAGUGCUAUUCUCAUCACCCUCACUGGCAUGAUGCUUCACAUCCACUUCGUGAAGGUGGACCACGAGUCUCUUCUUGUCAUUGGCUCCCUGGGCAUCCAGGUGUCCUCCAGCUACGCGUCAGGUCGCGAGGUCACCACUUUCAUCGAGAUGAGCAGGAUCAAAGACAUUGUCAUUAAUGAAGCUGUUUACCUGAAUCAGAUCAUCUACUACCUGUGUGUGCUGUUAAAGGAGCCUUCAGAACCCAACGUAGUCUCAAGUGUUGUCCCAUUGUUUCAGAGUUCCAAGCCGAGGCUCAACUGUUUAGCGAAGGUUUACGAGAGCUGUCAAGAGAUUCUGUCCAAGUGCCAAUGACCCAUAAUUUGCAUAGCAUCACAACAUUGUUCAUGGGCCUUGUUUGUUUAUUUAAAAUGUCUUUUUAACGGAUGAGCGCAGAGAAUACUUUCUUUACCCAGAAUAUCUUAAAUAUUUGCGGGAUUUAUUUCCUUUAUGAAUACAUACAUGAAAUCAGACAGAUUUACUUUAUUCAUAAGCAGUAGUUUAAAUGUGUUACUUUGUUAUAACGGUAGUUUAAUACUUGCUUUCAAAUGAAAACAUUCCAUUUUUUUCUAGAUGUUAACUUAUAUAGUGUAAUGUAUAUAUAUAUAGAUAUAUCUAUAUAUAUAUUGUACACAAUUUGUGUUAGUUAAUAAAUUUUAAAACAAACUUCAGUUCACUUGCGUGCUUCUUUUUCUAGAGCAAUAGUUUCAUUCGACAGUAGGGGGCACCAAUGCUUUAUAAAAUUGCCAAAUAGGUUUCGAAAUAUCUUCCAAUACUUGCUUUGAAUGUAAAUGCAACUUAUUUUAGUUUAGAUGUGAAGAGUUUAAGAGAGGUUUACAAGCUAUUUCAAUUUUUUAUUUUAAAAUGCCAUGUUUAAAAUAAAGUAUACCCUUCUGCUGACUCGGCUUCUCUAAAAUGUUAGCAUUACUUGCGUUCAGACGAAAAGUGUUUGUGAAAUUACCUGAAGCUCAAGCUUCCUUCAGCUUCAGCCUAAUUUUGGGCUUCAGUGGUAAGCCCAAAAUUAUUCAUGCUCCUUUCGUAUGAAUAAUUUUGGGCUUACCGGUUCAGAUAUUUAAUAUUUUACUUCCUUGUUGAAUUGCACAUCUAAUCUUGCAGUUCUCUUAGUUGGCCACGUUUCACAAGUCUGCCUUUCUGUUCGUUAACGAGACUUGUUUGUUGAGUUAUUCUUACCUCAGAUUACAGCUGCAGUGGGUGCAGUGAUAGUUUCAGAGCCAUGCUUGCUGCACAAGCAUUAUAUAUAUUUUUAGUCAGUAGUUUCAUAAUGCAUUAUGCUAGUUAUGGUGUCCAAUGGGGGGGUGGGAUACCCCAGGACAGAUAUUUAAAUGACUUCCAUUCUCUAAAAAUUUAAUCUUAACCUACUUUUUGCAGAAAAACAAUGAAAUUAAUGCACAGAACUAUAUAGUCAAUUUAAUCCAAUCAUGUAGGCAGAUUAAAACUAUUAUAUUUCAGUUUACUCCUUGUAAAAAAAAUAUGCAUAUAUAUAUACUUGAGUUCAGAUAAUUGUUCCAAUUGGUAAAAAGUAUUCUAUCCAAAAAAGAAACCAGUUUAUGGCAGCAAUCUCUCCUCCUGAAUGAGUCAGAUAAGUCAACAACUUUGCUGCAAUUCCUCAUUCUGAUCAUGCAUGGUGCAACAGUGGAAAGAAAGACUCCCAUUUAACAGGAAUUACCUUUAGCAGCUUCUGACUCCGUUUUAGCAGUCAUCUAAGAUAUAUGUUUUUGUUCAGUUUUUUUAACUUGUUUUCCAGUUUUCAAAAUAACUUAAAUUAACGUUUUCCUACAUUUCAAACCAGGCCAAAGAAAGAUUUCUCAGUUUCCAUUUUUACUCAGUCAUGUUGUCUUAUGUAGUAGUGAGUUGUUUUUUGUGUGUUUUUUUUUUGGUGGGGGGGUUGGAGGGUAGGGGUUGAUAUGUUUUUCUCUGUUUUGGAUUAAAACUUCAGAACCA